GGGGCGAAAGGGAGGGGGUGAAGAGGGAGCGCACACAGCGGGUUUUUGCUAUAGGAGGCAGCAGGACCACCGUACCCCAGCACCGACUACUCCAGUCAAGGUCUAAAACAAUAGAUUUCUGAGCAGCAGUCACACAGGAGACAAAAUACAAACAUGGUGUUCAGAGGUACAAUAACUGAUGCUCCAGACUUUGAUCCCAGGGUUGAUGCUGAGACUCUUUACAAUGCUAUGAAAGGCAUUGGUAGUGACAAAGAAACAAUCUUGGAUCUGAUCACCUCUUGGAGUAAUGCACAGAGGCAAGAGGUCAUUUCAGCAUACAAAUGCAGCUUUGGGCAGGAUCUGAUUGAAGAUCUGAAGUAUGAGCUCACAGGAAAAUUUGAACGCCUCAUUGUGAGUCUGAUGAGAACUCCUCCCUACCAUGAUGCCAAGGAAAUCCAUGAUGCAGUCAAAGGAGCUGGAACAAACGAGCGAUGCCUGAUAGAAAUCCUGGCAUCUAGGAACAACAAACAGCUACAGGACAUGGCUGCAGCCUACAAGGAUGCCUACGGCAGGGACAUAGAGGAAGAUAUUAUCAAAGACACAUCGGGUCACUUUAAGAAGAUGCUGGUUGUUCUGCUUCAGGGGACCAGAGACGAAUCAGGGGUGGUGGAUGUAGACCUGGUGCAGCAGGAUGCAGAAAACUUGUAUGCUGCAGGAGAGGAGAAGUGGGGGACAGACGAGGCAACAUUCAUCAUAAUCCUGGGAAACCGCAGUGUUACCCACCUUCGAAUGGUUUUUGAUGAAUAUGAAAAGAUUGCAGAGAUGUCCAUAGAGGACAGCAUUAAGAGCGAGCUGUCUGGAGACUUUGAAAGGCUCAUGCUGGCUGUUGUCCAGUGUAUAAGGAGCAUUCCCAUGUUCUUUGCCACACGCCUCUACAAGUCAAUGAAGGGCCUUGGUACAGCUGAUAACACUCUUAUCCGCAUCAUGGUUUCUCGCUCUGAAAUGGACAUGCUGGACAUCCGAGAGUAUUUCCGUCUCAGAUACGAGAAGUCACUUUAUAACAUGAUAAAUGACGAUACAUCAGGCGAUUACAAGAGGACUCUCCUUAACCUGUGUGGAGGGGAUGAUGACUUAGCUGGAGAGUUCUUCCCCGAAGCUGCUCAGAUAGCCUACAAGAUGUGGGAAUUAAGUGCCAUGACCAAAGUGCAGCUGAGGCCCACAGUCCGUCCUGCGCCUGACUUUGACCCUGCAGCUGAUGCACAAGCUCUGAGGAAAGCUAUGAAGGGUUUUGGAACAGAUGAGGAUGCGAUCAUUGACAUUGUUGCACAAAGAAGCAAUGCCCAGAGGCAGGAAAUCAGACAGUCCUUCAAAUCCCUGCUGGGAAGGGACCUGAUGAAGGACCUAAAGUCUGAGCUGUCAAAGAACUUGGAGAGACUGAUCAUUGGGCUCAUGUUGACCCCAGCAGAGUUCGAUGCCAAAAUGAUGAAAAAGGCGAUGGAGGGAGCAGGGACAGAUGAGCAUGCUCUGAUCGAGAUCCUGGUCACCAGGAGCAAUGAGGAAAUACAAGCCAUGAAUGCUGCCUACAGAAACACCUACAAGAAGUCUUUGGAGGAAGCCAUUCAUUCAGACACAUCAGGCCACUUCUGUCGGAUCCUUGUUUCUCUUGUGCAGGGUGCAAGAGAAGAAGGGCCUGCAGAUGUGGAAAGAGCCUGCGCAGAUGCUCAGGAGCUUGCAGAUGCAUGCAAUGCAGAAUCUGAUGACAUGGAGAUGAAGUUUAUGAGCAUCCUGUGCACCAGGAGCUUUCCACACCUCAGAAGAGUGUUCCAGGAGUUUGUGAAAUGUACCAACAAGGACAUUGAGCAGAUUAUCAAGAAGGAAAUGUCUGGCGAUGUGAAGAAUGCCUUUUAUGGAAUAGUUCGCAGUGUGAAGAACCAGCCAUCUUACUUUUCAGACCGCUUGUAUAAAGCCAUGAAGGGUCUUGGUACAGAUGACAGAGCGUUGAUCCGCAUCAUGGUGUCCCGUAGCGAGGUUGACCUAUUCAACAUUCGCAAAGAGUUCAAGGAAACACAUGACGUCUCCCUCCAUGAAUUCAUCCAGGUAGAAACUAUGAUUGGCGAUACCUCAGGAGACUACCGUAAAACGCUGCUGAUCCUCUGUGGAGGGGAAGAUUAAACCCAUCGUCUCUGCAGCUUUGUCUCAGUGACUAGAAGACAAGCUCGUUCAGGCAGCCAAAACAGAUGUGGUUAACGUCAGUAUUUGUUCCUAACUGUUGUCACUCCUCAGCCAAACCAAGUGUCUUACUGAUUGAUGAACUCUCAGCCUUUUAAGCCAGUUUUUUUUUUUUUUUUGCUUUCACACCUUAGUUACCCCACUGUUGUUUGUCUUUUAUACAGAUAUAACUUUAAGUUGCUCACAUCAGUGUGGAAGAAUGAAAAUUAGUAUGCGCUCAAGCUGUGCCUUCACAUUGAUGUCCAUCCAAUCAGUACUGUGAUAUCAAAUAUAUCCCAAUAAAACAAAUACCAACAAAACUGUUCUUUUUCAUUUUGCACUUCUAAACCCUCCUGUUUCGAUGUUUGCAUGUCACAUUAUGUGUAUUAGUUUACAUUUUGGCAGGGCGUUCCAGCUUUUAAUAUGUUCACAUGGGAACCAAUGUUUAACAUCAGAAAACACCCAGCCUAAUCCCAGGCCUCUUCUGCCAAACAAACUCAAAGCUACUAGCAAGUUUUAUCAUCUGAUAGCAGAAGUAAAAAAAAUAUAGAGCAAAAAAAGUAAAUGACUAAAAUGUACAAUGUAACAAAUAAAUACGCAACACUGGCUAAAAUUAUACUUUCUGUAUUGCCUUCAUAGUUAAUAAAGGGAUUUGUUUGUUCA